AUGGGGAUGCUCAGCCUGCCGGGCUUCCUCUCCUGCGGGAAGAAGAAGGACUUCAGUUUGUCAGAUGAAAAAGAUGCCCAUGCCAGUGACAGCGAUGAGAACUUGGAGCGUGGCAACUGGUCAAACAAAGGCGACUACCUGCUCUCCAUGGUGGGCUACGCUGUGGGCCUGGGCAACGUCUGGCGGUUUCCCUACCUCACCUACCAGAAUGGCGGAGGUGCUUUUCUAAUCCCGUACACCCUGAUGUUGGCCUUAGCUGGCUUGCCCUUAUUUUUCAUGGAAUGUUCCCUUGGGCAGUUUGCCAGCCUAGGGCCAAUUUCCGUCUGGAGAAUAUUACCAUUGUUUCAAGGAGUGGGCAUCACGAUGGUCAUCAUCUCAACAUUUGUGGCGAUCUACUACAACGUUAUCAUUGCUUACGCGCUCUACUACUUGUUUGCCUCAUUUCAAAAAGUGCUGCCAUGGUCAGAGUGCUUUUCCUGGGCAGAUGAGUUCUGCAGCAAAACACGAUUAGUGAGUGACUGCAAUGCAACCUUAGAUGGAGAAAUCAUUCAUGCAAACUACUCGUUCAUCACAAGCAGCAACCUCACGUGUAUGAAUGGCACCAUAAACUUCAAACCAGUGCAAUUUCCCAGUGAGCAAUACUGGAAUAAAGUGGCUCUUCAGCGCUCGAGUGGGUUGAACGAGACUGGUAACAUCGUGUGGUACCUGGCUCUCUGCCUCCUUCUGUCCUGGAUAAUUGUUGGAGCUGUGUUGUUUAAAGGAAUAAAAUCUUCUGGAAAGGUCGUCUACUUUACCGCACUCUUCCCAUACGUCAUCCUGCUCAUCUUGCUGGUGCGAGGUGCCACCCUAGAAGGUGCUCUGGAUGGCAUCGAAUAUUACAUUGGGAGACAGUCCAACAUCACCAAGCUGAUGGAGGCAGAGGUUUGGAAAGAUGCAGCCACCCAGAUAUUCUACUCCCUGUCUGUGGCAUGGGGCGGGCUUGUAGCUUUGUCUUCGUACAAUAAGUUCCACAACAACUGCUACUCGGAUGCUAUUUUCGUUUGUGUAACCAACUGCGCCACCAGCGUAUUUGCUGGGUUUGCGAUAUUCUCCAUCUUGGGACAUAUGGCAUUUGUUUCCGAGAGACCUGUCUCAGAGGUCGUGGACUCAGGAUUCGAUCUGGCGUUUGUAGCCUACCCAGAGGCUCUCUCCAGGUUACCCGUUUCUCCUCUGUGGUCCUUCUUGUUUUUCUUCAUGCUCCUGCUCUUGGGCCUUGACUCUCAGUUUGCCACCGUAGAAACACUUACAACCACCAUACAAGAUAUAUAUCCCAAAGUGAUGAAAAAGUUAAGAAUCCCUGUAACCCUGGGUGUGUGCAUAUUGCUCUUCUUUCUUGGUCUUAUCUGUGUUACUCAGGCAGGAAUAUACUGGGUUAACCUAAUAGAUCACUUUUGUGCUGGAUGGGGAAUCCUUAUUGCAGCUGUCCUGGAGAUAAUAGGCAUCGUCUACAUUUACGGAGGAAACAGGUUCAUUGAAGACAUUGAAAUGAUGAUUGGAAAGAAGAGCUGUUUAUUCUGGCUGUGGUGGAGAAUGUGCUGGUUUUUCGUUACUCCUGUGCUGUUAAUGGCAAUUUUGGUCUGGUCUUUGGUCACAUUUUCACCUCCCACUUACGGCUCAGUGUUAUAUCCAGCCUGGGGAACCGCUGUUGGCUGGUGCAUGAUCAUCUUCUGUGUCAUCUGGAUUCCCAUCGUCGCUAUUGUAAAAAUAGUUAAAGCUGAAGGAAACAUCUGUCAGCGCAUUGUAAGCUGCUGCAGGCCCGCUGCAAACUGGGGUCCCUACCUGCAAUGUAACCGAGGAGAAAGAUACAGCCAUGUUGUAGAUCCCAAAAAGGAAAAGGAACACGAGAUUCCUACUGUGUCUGGCUUUGUAUACACUCAACAAUGAGAUGGCCAUUUGGAUGACAAGUUUUUAACAUAUGUGUGGUUUUCUUCUUUAACAAUGAGAAAGUGACAAUGCAAAACAACAAGAACAAAAAACAAAUCAACCCUCUGCCCUUCAAAGCCCAGCCCUCACAUGAAAGCGAUCCAUAUUAUUUAUUUUUAGUGCUGUAUGUUUGGGGAGGAACAGGUAAAUUAGACACUGAGAUCUCCCCAGAGAUUUAGGUUGAGAGAGCAGGAAAAUGCAUUGUGGGCUCCCCAGGCUGACGGACUGGGCAUACUUAACCCCAUCCAACCGGUAUCCAGCUGGACUGCAGAUACGGGCGUGGAAGAGAACAAAGACACAUUCUGGUGCUCCCCAGCUACAGGAAAUUUGAGCCAAAGGGUGCUGUGCUUGCAUGCGCCGAUGUGCUACAGGCAGUUACUACCUUCUGCUGUGCUUUGCCGUCCGCUGUGGUGUGCAGUCAGCAGAGAGGUGAAUGGGUGUGCUGCUGCCUGGCACUGUAGCUCAGGGAACAGGAAUAAUUUCUCUCUGUCUAAGCCUUGCUCAGUGCUAUGAGGCUGCUCAGGAUUUGAUGUUGAUUACAGUGUGUGUGUUUUGUCUGUGCAUCUAAAUGUUGAGUGGCAAAAAAUUGCCAUCCCAGGAAAUAAGGCCUUAACAUGGCGAAAAGCAGGCUUCUUUCUGUUUCUCGUUAUUCCCCUUGGGAUCCCCAAAGAGCCUUCAUCUGUGUCGUGCCCCACGCUCAGCAUUCAUCUGUCUAUAAUUCAAAAAUCCCAUGUUUCCAUAUUUUCUCAUUAGGCUUGGCAGAAUGAAAUAGUAACCAUUGAUUUCUGGUGCAUCUGCGCUCCUACACUCACCAAGGUUUUACCUAUCAAUUUGUUCUCUGCCUCUUUCACUCAGGCUUGGGUUUUCCCUUCCAAAGGAGACCCAAAGUGCUUUUUAAAGAUUCAAACAGUGUUGUCAGUGUUGCGGUAGAGCCUAAAGAAGCAAGCUUUACCCUGAGUGAAGGUUAGAACUGCCUUGUAGUGCUAUUACUCCAAAAUUGGCUGAAAUCAUGAGAUUAUUGAAAAGUUAGGAAGUUUGUAAUGCAUUUGGGAACACAGACUUGCACUCCUACCUAGGCAGGAGGGGGUUAGGUUAAGAGAACCUGACUUCACUCAUAAUACAAGUGAAUUCCUGAUAAAGGAAAAAAGACCUAUGGAUUGAACGAAUACAUCUUGUGUGCUAAGGAACGUCUCUCUUACUGUGAUAGUGGUUCCUUGGGAACAACGCAGCAGGGUUUCUAGCUGUCACUUCCUCUCAGGGCUUUGUCACUCUUUCUGGACAUGAAGGAGUGUGGAUAGUGGCUUGUUGCCCAAGCUGCAUACCUUGGUGUAUGUUUUAUACUGGUGAUUUUUGUGACAAAUCAACACUUCAUGGCAAAUAAAAU